AUGUCACCGUCAACGAAGAAGGGCGACAUCGAGUCGCCCUCGGGUGCCGAGUCUGAGACUGAUCUCGAACUGCUCGGCCGUCAAAGACCAGAUGUCUUCUUCAGCACUUUUACCGAGGUUAUGUUUUGUGCUUCACUUCUGAUAUCCAUGUUCAUGGCGGAGUUUUUCAUCUCAGGCUUCAACAUCAUCCUUCCCUCGGUUUCCAUCUCGCUCGAAAUUCCAAAAACCUCACAGGUGUGGCCCGCCAGCGUCUUCUCCCUCGUCACUGGUGCCUUUCUACUGCCCUUUGGCAGGAUAGCCGACAUUUAUGGCGCCUACUGGGUUUUCAGCAUCGGAAUGGUCUGGUUCUCAGCUUGGUCUCUCAUCUCUGGCUUCAGCACGAAUUAUAUCAUGCUUAUUGUCACCAGAGCUCUGGGUGGGUUUGGACCAGCGGCCUUCUUACCGACGGGGAUCAUGUUGCUGGGGAAGCUAUACCGUCCGGGUCCGAGAAAGAACUUGGUGUUUGCGCUUUACAGUGCCUUUGCGCCCAUUGGCUUCUUUUUGGGCAUCAUCACGGGCGGCUUGACGAUCGAGUACCUCAGUUGGAGGUGGUACUUUUACAUCGGCUCCAUUAUCCUGUUCAUCUCUUCAGCUGUUGCGUUUGUGACCAUUCCAAAAGACAUGGAGCAAACGAGAAGGGAAAAUGCCCAUGUCAAAAUGGACUGGUGGGGCAUUGUUACGAUUGCGCCGGGCUUGGUAUUGACUACAUUCGCCCUGACAGACGGAGCUCACGCACCCAACGGAUGGAAGAGUCCGUACAUCAUCGUGACUUUCAUUCUUGGCGUGUUGCUUCUGGGCGCCGCGGUCUACAUUGAAGGUUGGGUAGCAGAACAGCCGCUGCUCCCGUUCGAUCUCUUUCAACCAAAGUACAUGGUCCGGCUCACUGUCGCACUGUUCUUUGCCUAUGGCAUCUUCGGGGUUUUCCUAUUUUACGCCAGUUUCCAAAUCAGCGAGUGGAUGGGACAAACAGCACUCAUCACAGCCAUUUGGUUCGCCCCAAUGGCUGGUGGUGGUAUCGUAUUGGCCACAAUCGGUGGGUUUACCCUUCAUCUGUUGCCUGGUAGGCUACUCUUGAUCAUUUCUGCGCUUGGAAGCCUGGCCUGCGUGCUUCUGUUCGCGCUUAUGCCACAAGAUGCCAACUUUUGGGCAUGGGUCUUUCCUGCCAUGCUCGGCUCGACCAUUGGCAUAGACAUCACCUUCAUCGUCAGCAACGUCUUCAUCACGACCAAUGUUGCAAGGCAUAGGCAGGGUUUGGCAGGGGCUCUCAUCAACAGCCUCUUGUUUUUGGGCAUCAGCUUCUUCCUCGGUAUUUCGGAUCUUGCUGUUUCCGAAGAGACCAAGAGGGGUGGCACAACUGGACAUCAAGUCGCCUUUUGGUUUGCUACUGCUUGUGCUGUGGUUGUUCUGCUCUUGUUUGCCACCAUCAAGGUCGGCAAGGCUGAGUCCGAUUUGACCUUAGAAGAAAGGGCGGAGUUAGAAAGGCAGGCCAAAAACCAAGCCAGCCGGUCCACAGUGACCGAGGAGAAGGCCUAG